GCCUAUGAUGCCUGACAAUGUAGGCAGCUCAUUGAGUUUUGAUGCGGCUCCACCAUGUGCUUGACGCUGUGUUAGUGAUGGGUGGAGAAAGGACUGCUUGCUGUCCAGUUGGUUCAGUGUGGAUAAGAGUGUGUUGUGUUUGUACAGCUGAGAGCAGAGGGCAUCUACACUACACAGAGAUGGCAGCCCUUCAGUAAGAUGUUGGAAAAGACCCCAACUGAUAAAAAUCACCUUCACAUUCAUCGCACAUUCAAAUUCUCCUGGACUGUUAAAUGCCCUCUCAAUACAAAGGGCUAAAAUGUUUGUGGUCUCCAUGCCAAGAUGUGUACAGAUCUGUGUGUCUUUGGUAAUGGUGUCCCGACUACAAGGCAGGGUUUCAGCUCCAGCACGUCUGGAGGCUCUUGUUGAACAGCCCUUCACGCUGAGCUGUACGCUUGUCAAGGCUAGAGGAGAAUCAGUGCAUCAGAUCCGCUGGCUGGAUGUGCAGAAUCAGACAUUAAUCUCAUAUCAGCCUGGUCAACAAGACAGCGUGAGCGGUCAACAGCAUGUGGAGCUCGCUGCUUCUCCACGAGACGCCAGCGCCAUCACCAUCAAACGUGUGAGCCACAGGGACGAGGGAUGUUACACUUGCAUCUUUGAUAUUCAUCCUAAAGGCUCAAGGGAAGGGCAGACUUGUCUUACUGUUACAGCAACUGUGAUUCCAGAGGGCAAUAAGACUGCGGUGGGUGGAAAACAAAUCACUCUGGCCUGUCGGUACGGCCUGCCAGAGAAAGUCAAGCAGGUUUUGUGGAAGAAGAUUGUGACUAAAGCAGAAUCCCGUGAAGUUGCCUUUUUUGCCAAGCAGAGUGACCCUGUGAUUGAAGAAGAGUUUGUGGAGCGUGUGAGUCUGAGCCCUUCCCUGUCUGAUACACAGCUCACACUAUGGCCAGUCCAAUCAGAAGAUGAGGCCUGCUACAUCUGUGAGUUUCACACAUACCCAGAUGGCAUGAAGAGCGCCACCAGCUGCCUUACUGUGUUUGUCCUGCCUAAACCUCAAGUAAGCUACAAGACCACAUCGCCAGGAGUAAUCGAGGCCAACUGUACAGCCGUGGCCCGACCAAAGGCUGAAAUAGUGUGGAAUGUGGAGGGGAAUGACAGAACCAUCGGUCCGCCUGUUACCACCGAUGUCCAGCAGAGUGACGGGACGACUCUGGUCAUCAGCACCUUGACCAUCCAGGCCGGACUCCUGAAGGAUGUCUCUGUCAAAUGUCUGGUUCAUCAUAAAGGACUGGAGAGGGCCAUUGCUGUUUCCAUGAACACUAAAAUUGGCACAGCUCUCGCCAUCCUGAUCUCUGUGACUACAGUUGCUUUUCUUCUGGUCCUCUGCCUGUGUUUCUGUUUGUGGAAGUGUGUCCUGCGCAAGGAUGAGCCUGAAGAGCACCAGCUACCGAGAAGAGGCCGAGAAAACAGAGAAGCAGACAGCUAAAUAAUCGUUCUGAUUGUGGCAGACUGAAGCUGCAGUUCUCUUUACAAUAUGGACUUGCUGAGACACCCGUGAAGAUCUCUUGUCAUCAAGUUUCCUACAUUUCCUGCCAAAGAAAACCAGUGACACAUCUCUACACGAGGAACGAUGACACAUUUCAAACAAUUUGUAAAUCAAUCACUAAUUUGAAGUUUGCAUUAUAGAGGCCAAUUUAAUUACCAUAAAUCUGUUUUAAUAUUGGCAUCUAUAACUUCUCAGAUUCUGUGGAAAAACUAGCUAUUCACUCAUAUAAAGUGUAAGAAAUGUGCAGAUAUAAUUACUGUAAGUAAUUACAAUGCUAGCACAAAUUUCAGUGUCUUUUGUAAAUAGUAUGGUUCUGUUGUAUCUUUCCUGAUGCUAAUAUUAUGAUCAAAUAUAUUCCUUCGUAGUUUCUUAUAAUAAUGAUUUCACUCUACCCCUUUACUUUUAAUGUUGAAAUUCAGACUGCUGAUGAAAUGAUAUAUGUCCUGUGAGGUAGGCAUGUUGUAAUGGUACAAAAAAAGCUGAUGUUUUUGAUCUGUCUGUCCUUUUGGUUUGUAUUUUGUGACAACUUGUCCUGUUUUAGGUUUGUUUAAAUGUCUUUGGUCAGUGUGCCAUUUGUAUUGCAUUCAGCAAGCUGAUCGGUGGUUUUAGGUUUAAAUGACAUUAGUCACUCAUAAAAUGAGCCACACUAACACCACAGUCACACCAGAGCUUGUUUUAAGCCAAUCAGACCUGCAAAAUGUGACAACACCCUGUCAUUCAUCAGCCAUUGGCCUUAUCCUAAGCUACAUUGAAAAUGAAAAGAAUGAAGAAAAUCUUCUAAAAAUCAGCAUUUUUCUCAGCCUACAAUAUCGUCACCUAUCUGCGUUCUAAAUUAUUUUGAGAUAUUGAGCUUCAGAGUUUUUGCAUUCCAUAUAGCAAGCAAGAUGUGUGUAACAGUUAACAUGACAGAGACCCUAAACUUACUCUAAAUGUGAUUUAUCAAAGUUCUCUUACAUUUGCAAAUUGGAGUGUAAAACCCAUGGUAAAUGCAGAUAGAACCUUCUAAUUCUUAAAAGUCAUUUUCUAUCUGGCAGAUCAUUCAUUAAAGCAUUACUUUUCAAGAAAUACAAUCAAAAAUAUAUAUAAUUUGGUGUUGUAACAAUAUUUUGAUGCUUGAGAAAGUUAACUUUUUGCUUUCUAUAACAUUUAUUUCAUAUUUUAGGAUGAUUUUUUUUCUUGUUCAAAUUAAGCAUACAAGGCUGUGCUAAAGAUUUUGUCCAGUGCAGCCGUUAAUUAGAUCUAAUUAAUAUGUUAAUAUUUAUUAAAUUAUAUGCCUUAUAUGAAUUAUUGAAUUAUAUUUAUUGAAUUAUAUGCCCCAUGAAUUAAAUUAAGUAUUUGCCCAUCAAGGCUUAAUAUUAAAUUUAAAGACUUUAAAAGAAAACAUACAAUGAGCAAAUGAGUUUAAUAAACACUGAAAAAUGUUUUACUGACUAUAUAUACACAAAUAUAAAUAUUUUACAUUUAAUAUAGUAUUUUUUUAAUACUCGUUUCUUUUUCAACAAUGUAAAAUUUAAAAUUUUAUCUCAAGAAAUGCUUCUAAAUCUUUCACAUUUACACACAUCUCAGUUUUAUGUGGUGCGGCAUUAUUUAGCCGACUCUGAUUUUGUGUGAUUUUGUCUUUCUGGUCUUUCCCGCUGUCAGUGGAACAGUCCGGUGAAAUGACAAAGAAAGCUGAUCCUGAUUGGUCCUCAUGCAUGCAUUACAAAUGCUGAUUGGCUCACAGGAAAAACCUUAUAGAGCCAAGCUAGAGGUCAACUUUGUAGAUAAACCGUUUGUGCUUUUUAAUAAAAGGUUUUAAAAUGUAAACAACUCAUACAAAAACAUCACAUCAUGUAAAUAAAAUGUCAAUAAAUAAGAAAAUGUGACGAAAUUUUGACGAAAAUGCCAGAUAGAACCUUACAAUUCUAAGGUGAUGAGAUGUUUAUGUUCAGUUAUUUCACUUUAAAGACAAAGAAAAUAACCUAUUAAUCAUCAAAAAAGUAAAAUCACUAAACCUGUACGCACAGGAGCCUGAGCAAAAUGCUCAUUUUAGAAUAAGAUUUUCACAUUUCAGAGGUUUUUGCAUCUGAACAUUUUAAAUGUACUUUGAUACCACUGAGAGGUCAUGACCAACUUCUCAAAGCAUUCACUACAGCAGUGGAAAUGCAUUAUCUGUAGUCUGAUUUGGGAUGAAAUGGAUUGCAAAUAUUGUAGAUCUGCUGACUUUAUAACUAGAAAAUCAGACAUGCAUGUGCAAGCCUUAUAAUGAUAAAAACUAAUAAAAAAAGAUUGUUGUCUUA